UGCUGUCAGUUACAAAUUAAACGCAGGAAAAAUUUGUGUAAAAACGUUUGUACUCAAACAAUUUUAUAUUUGUAUUGCUGAAAACUUUUUUAUUUCUGAUCAAAAUUCCAAAGACGUCAAAAUGUUUUCCUCAAUUAAUUUUCUAUUUCUGAUAUCGCUGGCGGUCACCACGUGGAUCAUACUCUGCUAUUUCAAACAUAUCGAACAGCAACGCGAGGACCCAAUGACCAUUGAGGUGCACAUGGAUAACGCCUACGAAGACACGUUGCGUGGGAAAGCCUGUUUUGAGAAUUAUGAUAUUUAUUUGAACUUUUUGGCAAUUUUUGCAUGCUUUUACGCGCUGGCCAAGGUGACAACGUACGCCGAAAAUUACGUGGCCCAACAGGUGCAUACGGGCUUCAAACUAAGGUCUAUGGAAGAGUUGCGCACACAGCACAUACAACUCACACUGCAAAUCGACUACUUAGAGAAGGAGAACGCCAAAUUGGCACAGCAAGUGAAGCAGCUGGAACAGUACAGAAGUAAUGCCGCAACUAGCACUAUGCGUAUGCUGGCCAACGCUGACAGUAACCACAUGUCGCAGGAGUGCCAUAAAACACCUAGAAAAAGCGUGCUGCAUACUUUGAACACCAACGCAGUUGGCAAUGCCGUAGGUGGCGUAGCUGUUACCUGCAAUCAUACGGCAACUGUCAAUGUUGAUAUGGACGGGGAAAUGGCCAACAAUGUGUCCGACGGCUUUGCUGCAACUGGUGGUCUUUUCUGCUUUCGGAAUGUAAUCAUUCAAGAUAAUCACUUUCAGCGGACACGUCAGGUAUAUGUGAAUGAGGGCAAUGUAAAAUUGCAAUUUCAAGACUUUAACCAAGAAGGUGACCACAUCACGCAGAUCUGGCAGAAAUAUUUGGAAAUGCAAAAAUAUGCGCUACAAAAGCCGACCGCGCCUCAUAGUGCAACGCAAGUGGCAAAUGCUGUGCCUAUUGUUGUAUCCACCGAAGAGCUACAAACGAUGCAAGGAUGCAUUUUGACAAAUUCGAAUAAUAUGGAAUAAUUAAAAAUAUAAGUCGCCGCUUCAUUUUUUAUUUCUAUUAAAAAAUCGGUUACUUGCUUUAGCCAAUAGAUUUGACCACAUUUACAACUCGGUUAAGAGCUAUGUGUCAAAAUUCAGGUUGUUAACGGAUUCAAGCGAAGAUUUUUUCACCGUUGCCGUCAGAUGCCGCUCUAUGCCUCAACAGUUUAAAUUCAUUGUGCAAUAAAAUUAAUUCUUUGUGAUUUAUGUUAUAUAUGUAUAUUUUUAUAAAAUGUUAUUUAAAAAUUGUAAAUUUGUAUGUGGAAAUACACAUGUAUGUAUGUAUAUAUGUACGCAUAUGUAAAUAUGGCUGCUUACAUUUAAACCGCACUCGUAAUGAA